AUGAGAUUCAGAAUACAGAGGUUUCAGAGCCCAGAGUUGUUGAGAGAUGAAGAUGAGGAUUGUCGGCUGCUGUUGAUUGGUAAAACAGGAUCCGGGAAAAGCGCCACAGGAAACGUCAUCUUUAAUAAUGGAGUGUUUUUGUCCCAGAACAGCUCUUCAUCAGUGACCAGAGUCUGUCAGACACACACUGGAGAAGUUGACCACAGAAGCGUGACAGUCAUCGAUACUCCAGACUUCAGAUUCUCCACUCACACUGACUUUGAUUCAGACUCGGAGCUGAAGAGAGCUCUUAGAUUACGUUCAGCAGGAGUUCAUGUCUUUCUGCUGAUUCUGCCGUUAAGCACUUUCACUGAACAUGAGAAGGAUUUCAUUGAUUGGUUUGAGCAGAAGUUUGGUGUCGAAGCUCUCAGAUUUACUCUAGUGCUCUUCACUCAUGCAGAUCAGGGACACAUGAGAUCACUAGCAGAAAUGAUCAGGGCAAAUCCUCAAUUAUCUGCUUUCAUUCGCCGAUGUGGUCAGAGAUAUCAUGAGUUUAACAAUAAAGAUCCAGCAAACAGACGACAGGUGACUGAACUCAUGGAGAAGAUCGACACACUGAUAACUGAGAACACAAACUCCCGUUACACACUAGAAAUGAUGCAGGAGAACGACAGGAGAAGAGAAGAGGAAAAGAGAGAAGAGGAGGAGAGGAGAGAGAGAGAACGUCAAAUGAAAUUAGAUGGAAUCAGACGAGAGACAGACAUGCGAGUGAGGAGAGAAUAUGACGAGGAACGAGACAUAAGACCAGAGAGCCCAGACAAAAUGGAGAAGUGUAGGAAGCAGAUAAAGCUGAAAUAUGUGUGUGUGUUUCUGUUUUUUGCUGUGGUGACUGGAGGUGUUUCGCUGUGGAAGGAAGACUCUUCUCGUGGAUGGAUGUUCACUAAGGGUUUCUUGUCUGGAGGAUCAGCAUCAACUGCAGGAGUUUUGAUAGGGAAUCUCUGGAGAUUGAUGUUGAAGAGUCAGGUUAUCCGUUCAUGUUCUCACGAGCGUCCCAGCGCUGUUAGACAGUUACUGCUGAAGACAGGAGGUGUUGUGUGUGGUUUAUCAGCCGGAGCUGUGAUUGGUCACAUUAUAGGAGGAAAUGAACUUCCUGUUACAGCAUUAGCAGGAUUAGCUGGAGCUGCCGGAGCUUUUGCAGUUAUACAGUGA